CAAUGAUACUGGAUAUAUUAUAUUUAUAUAUAUAAAUAUGCAAGAGAACAGGAUUUUAAAGAGCGACGAGGAACAGAUCGCGACUCAGGAGGUGAGGCCGACUACUGCAAGGGACCAUUGACGAGGCUGUCCCUGAAAGUGACCUGAAAGUUUCCUGAAAGUGCCCUGUGAGCGUGUAAGCGUACCCUGAAUUUCCGCUAUUCCGUACCAGAAGGGUGCUGAAGUUCACUACUAAAAAGUACGGUGGGCCAUCACGGUCAGGGGCGCAGGAGAGACACGCGGCGCUUGGCUGGGUCGGGUUAGGCCGGGAGGGAAUAUCGUCAUAUCACCAUGCAAGUACGUUUUGUUAGUUGCAUUGACGUGUCGAGGAUGAUGGGAAGGUUAAAUUGUGAAUGUUGAAAAUGAGGAUAAGCUUAUAUGGAGAGGGGGAGUAGGUUAGGAAAUGUUGAUAUUCUGGCUCGAAUAUCAUUCUCAAAUUCUAUACUCGAAUCAACGACCGCCCAGGAAUCGGCCGCUUGUUGGUGGCUUGCUGACCUGGAGCUGGAGGCUGCGUGUUGGACACCAGGCCGUGGACAUGAGGCCGUCUGUUGGUUGACCGGACGUUUUAUAACUAUUCAAAACAGACUACUUGAUUUGAUCGGGGGUUUCGACCGUUUCGACUGUUUGAGGGGAACAUGCAACGUGGGGGCAUUAUUUUGGCACGCAUGUCAGUGUGGAGAGUGUGCUCUGUCCAGACAGUGCUCUGUGCAGACAAUGCUCAGCGAAGACAGCAAAUAUCAUGACUAUUUCAUUUUGAAGUGAUUCGUUAUUACCCUCUUCCACCCCCCCAAGCAAUCAUUUAAAUACCAU